AUGGAAAAGAGCAAAGGGAAAGCAGCAGCUAUGGCCAAGAGAAAAGAAAAACCAACAGAUAAUGGAAAAGCAGCUUUAGUACUGGCUGCUAAUCAAUCUCGGGCUACUACUCAAGUUCCUCCUCAACCUCUUAGGUUGCCUGAGCGUGUCGAGGAAUGUCGCGAUGAUGAUGACUACAUCCCUGAUGAGGACAUGGAUGAAGAGAACAAUGGCCGAGAGCCAAUCCUUAAAGCCCCUAUUGAUACAAAUGGAAAAGUGAUUGUUAGGUGCACAAGAGGAAUGUUUCUUGAUUAUGAGGUCAGCCACAAAGCUGUUGCUAUCAUGCGCCAAUUUUUCAAUGGUCCUUGGUUGUCAUGGAGGGAAGUCCCUGCACAUGCUAAAGUUGGAAUAUGGAACAAGUUUGAGAAAAUAAAGCUCGGUAGGGAGCCAACAAUUGUUGAAUCUUUUAAUCGGACGCAUAAGACAAAGCAAGGCAUGGAAGGAUAUGUGGAUAAGAGAAAUGAAGCUGUCAUAGCAAAGUAUUCGGCUGAAUACUCCAAAAAAUAUGGUGAUGCCUCCACCUCAGAUGCUCCACCACAUGAUUCUGACUUGUGGUUUGAUGCAACUGGUGUCCCAACUCAUAGCCAUGUCUAUAGCUUUAGUCCCCUGAAGGAUCUUACUGGAAUUAUUGGGCAAUCAUCACCCUCUUCCACCUUUACAAGUCAAGCUCUAGAGCUGUACAUGCGUGAAGACCUUCUAGGUUGUGACAGAUCAAUGACCAAAAUUGUGACCGAAUUCUGUGACAAAUCAGUGACCAAGUUAUCUUCGUCACUAACUCAGGGACUCUUUGUAGAGACCAUGUGCAAUGGUAGAUUCUUAGAAAAACAACCUGAUGAGGCAUGGGAGUAUUUGGAUUCCCUUGCUGAGACUGCCCAACUUUGGGAUAACGGGGAUAGAAACAACAAGUCUUUGCCUAAGCCUACUAGCUCUGUACAGGGAAGCCUUUACAACCUCAGAAUUGAGGAUGAUCUUCACGCUAAAAUGGCAGCCCUCACUAGGAAAGAAGUCUUGCACGAUCAAGCAAAUGCUAUGAACUCCUACCAAAAGCCUUAUAACGAUCCAUACUCGAAUACCUAUAACCCUGGUUGGAAGAAUCAUCCAAACUUUAGGUGGAGAAAUGAUCAUCCUCAACAGUCACACCAUUCAGCUCCUUCACCUGCACAUCCUACUUUUGCAUCACCACCCUCUCAAAAGCCAAAUAUCGAGGAUACCUUGCAAUCCAUACAAACUUUUCUACAAGGUCAAGCUAAUAUCAAUGCUCAAAAUACUCGAAAUUUUGAAGACAUAAGGAACCAAUUGUCAAUGUUGACUACCGUCCUAAGUACCCAAGAGAAGGGUAAGCUUCCAGCUCAACCCCAACCUAACCCACAAAUGCACGGUAGUAAUAAUACGGCUCCUUCUAGUUCGCAUACAGAGCAUGCAAAGAGCAUCAUGACUUUGCGUAAUGGGAAAGUCAUUGAUCAAACCGUCCAAUUGAGACCGCAAGUCACUUCUAAUUCUGAUGCUCCCAAAGUCGAUGAAAGGGAUAAAGAAGAAGUUGAGGUCCCAACUUCUACUAAGAAAGUUGAAUGUCCUUUUUCUCCACCUUUUCCACAACGGUUAAAGCCGUUGCAAAAGCUCGAACCUAAUUCUGAAAUUCUUGAGCUUUUUAAACAAGUAAUGAUCAACAUACGUCUUCUUGAUGCAAUCAAACAAGUACCCUCAUAUGCCAAAUUUUUGAAGAACUUGUGUACUGUCAAACGCCGAUUAAAUGUUAAGAAGAAGGCAUUUUUAACUGAAAAUGUGAGUGCUAUAUUGCAGCACAACAUUCUUCCUAAAUAUAAAGAUCCAGGUUGCCCAACCAUCUCAUGCAUCAUAGGCAACUUUAGGAUAGAGCGAGCAUUGUUAGAUUUAGGGGCGAGUGUGAAUUUGUUGCCAUAUUCUGUAUAUGAGCAACUUGGUUUAGGACGUCCAUUCCUUGCAACUUCUAAUGCAUUGAUUAAUUGUAGGAAUGGCGUCAUGAAGCUUUCUUUUGGUAACAUGACCUUAGAAUUGAACAUUUUUAAUGUGUGCAAACAACCCAAUGAUCCCGAAGAGAGUAAGGAGGUUGAUUGGGUUGAAACCAUCACAGAAGAUUAUUUGUUAGCUAAAGAAAUUAACGACCCAUUCAAUGAUAGCUUAAUUGAUUGGUGUCCUAAUGGAACCAAUGGUGAUAAUUUGUCAGUCACACCUAUUGUGGAUAAUCUAGAUAUCAAGAUGGUCAAUGGGUGGAGACCAAAAGAAGGAGAAUUUGAGAGAUUGUCGCCUCGAGAGGUGAAAAUAGAACCAUCCCAUGAGCAAGCACCCAAGCUCGAAUUGAAACCCUUACCAAAGGAACUUAAGUAUGCUUUUCUUGGACCCGAAGAUACUUUUUCUGUAAUCAUCUCGUCUGGACUUGAUCAUACCCAAGAAAAUGGCUAUUCGGGAUAUUAUCAAAUUGAAAUUUCACCAGAAGAUCAAGAGAAGACUACCUUCACUUGUCCUUUUGGCACAUUUGCUUUCCGACGAAUGCCAUUCGGGUUGUGUAAUGCACCUGCAACAUUCCAAAGAUGCAUGCUCAGCAUCUUUGAAGACAUGAACGAGAAAUUUUUGGAAGUGUUCAUGGACGACUUCUCCGUUUUUGGCGACACAUUUGAUGAUUGCCUGUCACAUUUACAAGCUGUCUUAGCUCGGGACCAUGCGGCACUAAAAUAUUUGUUGGAUAAGAAAAAGGCCAAAUCACGCUUAGCUUGCGGUGGACACUUUGCCUCUAAGAAAACUGUUGCAAAAGUUUUGCAAUGUGGUUUCUAUUGGCCCACUAUGUUCAAAGAUGCCCACGAGUUCUGCAGGACAUGUGAUCCAUGUCAACGUAUUGGAAGUCUAACUCGUAGGCAAAUGAUGCCUCUUCAACCCUUUACUAUUAUCGAAAUUUUCGAUUGUUGGGGCAUCGAUUUUAUGGGCCCAUUCCCACCAUCUUUUGGAUAUGAGUACAUUUUAGUCGGUGUCGAAUAUGUGUCCAAAUGGGUAGAAGCUGUUGCUUGUAAGACCAAUGAUCACAAACCCGUUCUGAAGUUUUUAAAAGAAAAUAUUUUUUCACAAUUUGGGAUGCCUAAAAUCAUAAUUAGUGACGGUGGAAAACACUUUUGUAAUAAGCCUUUCGAAACCUUAUUGAAAAAAUAUGGUGUCACCCAUAGAAUUGCUACCCCAUAUCAUCCGCAAACCAGUGGCCAGGUAAAGUUAGCCAAUCGAGAGAUCAAGCGUAUUUUAGAGAAAACGGUGAACCCAUCACGAAAGGAUUGGUCCUUGAAACUAUCAGAUAUUGGAGAGCUUGUUCUAACACUUGACGAUCUGUCACAGGCUUUUGCAUCUGAUGCAAAAAUAAAAUAG